UUUCACUUCCUGCGUAAGUUAGCGGUCUUCCCCUUGAACGCGCGAAUAGAAGAACCAUCGAGCGCGCACACACACACUUCACUUCUACUUUCUCUCUCCAACUACAAGUCUCUGAUCCUUUUGCCCUGUUUUUCUCUCUGUCUUUCUCUCAUGAAUUGGAGUUUGAUAUGAUCUAAUUCAAUUUUGCGUAAAAUUGGCCUGUUUUUUGUUUUGUUUGGUUUUGGUAUUUACAUAUUCUAGGGUUUUGAUUCGAUUUGAUCACUAAGUGCGGAGAUGGAAGUUGCAAUCGAGGGUUUGGAUUCUGAUGUUUCUAUUCUGAAGAAAGUUAAACAUGAUGAGGAAGUCUUGAAUCCUACUAGUGAAGGUGGAUCAUCUGUAUCACUAAGCUCAGGAAACAUCAAUUCAGAUACAUCAUACCAUGAUGAUGACAAUGAGGGAGAUGACAUGGUUGAUGAAGAAGAAGAAGAAGAAGAAGAUGAUGCCUUUGAUUAUGAUGAUGAUGGGGAUUAUAUGUUUGAAAACAUAGAAGAGGAAGAAGAAGAUCAUUAUUUGAGCAUGCAAGCUCAAUUUGAUAAUGUUGAUUUGCCACCUGGCGUGGAAGCAUCUUUCUCCUGGUUGAAGGAUCCUGUCCCUAGCACAAGUGUGACAGGUGGCGCGAGCUAUACAGGCGCCAUGGAUCCUCAAAAAAUACAAGAAAUUAGCAUCAGCAAAGGUAAGGAUGUUGCUAGUAGCAGUUCAACUGUUGUUCAAGAAGCUGUUUCAGGAUCUGUGGAGAAGAAGGAAGAGGUGGUGGAAGUGGAAUCCAUGAAAAAGUUUGAAGAAUUUAAAUUGUUCGACAUUGUUAAUGAUUAUUCUGAUCAUCACUUCAACUCUGCUGGCUUUCAAGGGCAACAGCCUCCCAAGAGUUGGACAAAGAAAAUCCAGGACGAAUGGAAAAUACUAGAGAAAGACUUACCUGAUAGUAUAUUUGUUCGGGCAUAUGAAACAAGGAUGGACCUUUUAAGGGCUGUGAUGAUAGGACCCGCAGGCACACCCUACCAUGAUGGUCUCUUUGUCUUUGAUGUUCAUUUUCCUCCCAACUAUCCAGACAUACCCCCGAUGGUUUAUUACUACUCUGGUGGGCUGCGGCUGAAUCCAAACCUGUAUGAUUGUGGGAAAGUGUGUCUGAGCCUUUUGAACACGUGGACUGGGAAAGGGAACGAGAAGUGGAUGCCAAAAAAGUCAACGAUGCUGCAGGUGUUGGUGUCUAUACAAGCACUCAUUCUGAAUGCAAACCCGUUUUUCAAUGAGCCUGGGUAUGAUAACAUGUAUACCGGAGCUGAAGGAGAGAAGAAAUCCAGGACCUAUAAUGAAGAAAUCUUCAUUUUAUCAUUGAAAACAAUGAUGUAUACACUCAGGAGACCCCCAAAGCACUUUGAGGAGCUUGUUGCGGGUCAUUUCCGUACGCGUGCACAUGCCAUCUUGUCGGCAUGCAGAGGGUAUAUGGAAGGUGUUCCGGUGGGUGGGGGUGGGGGUGGUUUGAUAGGCGAAGGAGGAUCAAAGUCGUUCAAGGCAGCGGUUGGUAAAAUGUUGAAUGGUCUUGUUUCAAAUUUCACUAGAUAUGGGGCCACCGGUUGUGACCAGUACCUACCACUACCUCCUCUUUAAUGCUCCUUCCAGUUCCAGGGGAAACAAUAUUAUUAUAUUAGCUGCCUGCUCUUUUCGGAAUGAGAUGUCAUCUCAUAUAAAUAACUUUUUACGUUUUUAGAUCACACUUACUUAUAUCGCUGCUAAUCUCUAAACCCUACUACUAGAUGAUGACACAGUAAAUAUGUCUCCUCAAAUCUCCUGUUUUUUAACCCAAUAACUACUACUCCUUUGCUUC